GCCGUACGUUCCAUCCCUUCUAAACCCACAACGACCAGAAUUUGCGAGAUACGUCAUUGAUUACUAUCCAAGCAAGAGACACAAAAUUUGUAUUUCUUCGAAUUCCACGCAACAGAGAAAAACGGCAAGAGGGGGAAAGAAUAUCCAUUUCAAAAUACUACAAAGGAUCGGUAAAAAGAAAAAAAAUCUACAAAAAGUGAAUUCCGAUGGCUAUGAUAUGAAUCAGGAAGAUAAUAAUAAUCCGUCAAAACUUCAAGAACCUUCCACUCCAGUAAGUCCCAUCUCCAAUAAACUAGUUCAGCAAUCAAGAACUCUGAAUUUAGGUCUUACACCGGAACAAGUUUUGUGUGAUGCGCGCGAAAGAUUAAGCUGGUGCAUGAAGUCGAAGGUUGUGUUUCGGAAGCAUACUCUUAACUCGUCUAAAAACGUGGACGUGGUCGGAUUGGAUGACGAGUAA